AUGAAGAGCUUCAGCCUUCUCGCAUUGGGCCAAGCUCUGCUUGCAGUAGCCACCCCUCAUAGCUAUGAGCUACCCGCUCGCCAACAAGGCAGUAGCUUCGCCGGCGUAAACUCCUUCUUCCUUCAUGCAUUCAAGCAGCAGGAUAGAUUGGACGUCCUGGAUGCCAUCCAAGAUGCAAAUCUAAAGGUUCUACGUAUCUUCAUCUCGCCAACUGGCCAGAACUUCAAGAAUACUGGCUCCAUCGCAAUGCCAGACAUUGAGCCCAAGACCGUGGGAGUAUGGGACGAUACCCAGCUCAAGGCCAUAGAUCAACUCAUGGUAGAAGCUCAAGCCAGAGGCAUCAAGCUCAUCAUCGCGAUCCAUGAUCGUUACCAGCUCGGCUGCUGGGGAAGCGAUGCCUAUGUAUCAAAGUACAAGCUGCCUGCAGUAGACUGCAACACUCAGCCAGCGAGCGCCAACAACGUCGAGUUUUGGUACUCAGACAAGAAUUGCAUUUCCGAUUUUCAGAAUCGCAUCCGUCACGUUCUUGAGCACAAGAACACACUGAUCAGUGGGAGUCCAGCCUGGAAAGACCUUAACAGCCACAUCUUUGCUUUCAAUAUUCAAAAUGAAGGUCAGGGCCAUUUGAACAACAACAUUCCGCCCCAUCCGUCGUGGUGGUGCGAUCGAGCUGGCUUCAUGCGGGGAAUUAUGGGGAGUAGCAAGGUCUUGAUCUCGACUGGUGGCGGCAAUGAGUUUCCCAACUCAGAUGUUGCAGAGAAUUGGGCUUGCAAGGCCUUAGACCUUGUCACCAUCCACUCCUACAUGGGCGUCAACGAAUUCAAGACCAAGGGUCCAGUCGCACUUCAGCGCGCCAAGAACGCCAACAAGCUCAUGCUUUUUGAAGAGUUUGGUGCUAGCGGAAACACUAAGUCUACCACAGUCGGUCAGCACAUCGAUGUAUUCAAUGGUCUUGGUGUUCCUUGGAUGCCCUGGCAAAUCAGCAAGCCUGGCAACAAGGCAAGCGAUUAUGAGUUUUGGACCGAUGAGCCUACGUAUGAUGUCGUUGAGGAUGGUUCGAAUGAUGCUUUGGCAACAGGUGCUGCACAGACCUGGUCUAUCUAG